AUGGCACCCCAGACUCUCCUCAUGCUGCUCUCGGGGACCCUGGCCCUGACCCAGAUCCAGGCCGGUUCCCACUCCCUGAGAUAUUUCCUCACCGCGGUGUCCCGGCCGGGCCAAGGGGAGCCCCGCUUCAUCGCAGUCGGUUACGUGGACGACAGACAGAUCCGGAGGUAUGACAGCGAUGGCCAGAAACCUGAGGCUGGGCCUCUAGCAUCGUGGAUGGAGCUCAUGGAGCUUGAUUUUUGGGAUGAAAUUACUCAGAUAGCCAAGGCCCGCGAACAGGAUUACCGAGUGUACUUGAGGAACCUGCUUAGCUACUACAACCAGAGCGACUCAGGGUCUCACACCUACCAGGGUAUGUAUGGCUGCGACUUCUGGCCCGAUGGGCACAUCCUCUGUGGGUACUAUCAGGAAGCAUAUGAUGGAGCCAAUUACAUCACCCUGAAUGAGGACAUGCAUUCCUGGACUGCAGCAGAUGCAGUAGCUCAGAUAACCAAGAGCAAAUGGGAUGAAGCCGGUUUGGCAGAGAUCUACAGGACAUACUUUGUGGAGUGCAAGUACCAGGACUGGAUUCACAGAGCCCUGAAGAAAGGGAAGGAGAAGCUGCUUUGUACAGAACCCCCAAAGGCACACAUGACUCACCACCCCAUUUCAGAACAAGAGGUCACACUGAGGUGCUGGGCUCUGGGCUUCUACCCAGCGGAGAUCACACUGACCUGGCAGUGGGACGGGGAAGAGCUAACCCAGGACACAGAGCUUGUGGAGACCAGACCUGCAGGGGAUGGGAACUUCCAGAAGUGGGCAGCUGUGAUGGUACCCUCUGGAGAGGAGCAGAAAUACACAUGCCAUGUGCAGCAUGAGGGACUGCCCGAGCCCCUCACCCUGAGAUGGGAGUCCCAUUCUCAGUCUGACAUCCCCAUCAUGGUGAUCAUUGUUAUCAUGGUUCUUGUGGCCAUUGGAGCUGUGGUGGCUGGAGUUGUUUUCUGGUGGAAGAAGAGCUCAGGUAUAGAUGGGGGUGGGGUCUGA